UGCACGCAUGCACGAUCUAUCCAGCGCGCCAUUAUAUAAUCAACCUUUUUGCACGUAGAAUUCGAAAAUUCAAAAUUGACGUUGACGUUUCCCAUAAAAAAAAUAAUUCCCGCGCUACACGAGCGAGAGGGACGGACGUGUUGUCGCGCUGCAGUGACGUCGGACGGUGCAAGUGCAUAGCGAAAUAAAAUAAUGAAAAGUGGCAGUAAUUUCGUUGUGUUUACGCGCGUUGCUAGUUUGUGUCGUUGGCUUUAAUACCUUUUUUUCGCAUCGACCAACGCGCCCUCUACAUUCGAACAGUGAACACAUGGCUUAUUCGCGGAGCUGUCAAAACAUGAUAGUGAAGUGUGUGUGGGUUAAGUUUUUGGCGCGGUAAAACUGUGCCUAGUUAAGAACGCGGAAAAUUGAAGUAGCGGUGUUUUUUUACUAAACUUAACCUACGACAAGAUUCAGUUGCGCGCGAGCUGCCCCCGCACGCGCGUCGCUUCUUCGCAAUAACAACCCGAAAAUGCGAAAAGACUCAAUAAGAGCGAAAAUAAUUGAAUUUUAUCACCGAACUGUGGAAAUUUUGAAUUUCGAGUGUCUUCUUUGACUGAUGUUCGAAGACGUCGGACGAAAAUUGUUGCUCAAUAUUGUGAUCUAGACCUUAGACCUAGUGCCUUACGUACAAACUAAUUGUGAUGUCAUAGUGCAAAAUUAGAUAUAAACUAGUUAAGUGUUAGUGAACUAUAUUUUGGAGCUAUAUAGCCUUUUGUUCAAGUGCAUAUGGACUACGGCUGCAUUGCCUCUAUAAGGGUUGCCGGUCUGUCAUGGCGGAGUGCUCAUUCGCGCGCUGUCAGCAGGAACGACGAGCGAUCCGCAAGGAACUGCAACGUUGGACCAAAAACAUGGUUUAUAUACUCGGUCUAGAACGGGUGGCAGAGGAGUUGAUGGGUCGAAGAAAAUGGAAACUGUAUCAAGACGCAUUGAUUCCAAAGCAGCUAGAGGGCGAGCAGUCAAGCGGAGACGAAUCCAUGCCUGCCACAGACCACCCGCCCGCUCUCAAGAUAAAGACCAUAGAGCAGAUAAACGAGUCAGAGGAGGCCGACGAACCGGCCAGAAAGGACUCAAUCCUCGAAAGUCUUAUCAAACGUCCAGCGACGGCACCCAAGGUAGAGCCUCAGGAGCCAGCAGACUGGAAACCAGCAGACAAGUGCUACUUCUGCGUCGACGAGCGUGGAGAACGGACGGACAGGGCGGAAGGGGUGGACGCCAGGGCGGACGCUAGGGCGGACGUGAGGGCGGGCGGCGCAAACAGUCCCGAAUCGGAAUCGGAUAGCAGUUCCUUGUCGGGAGCAAAAAGUCCCGCUGGCGGGCCACUACUGCUGCAGCAAUUGCUGCAGUUGCAGCUGCAGGGGCAGAACCCGCAAGCGAUAGCACAGGCUUACACGGAGAUGUGUGUGCAGUUCCAACAGAUGAUUGCUGCGUUGGCUGCCCUCGGCUCGGGGCUGGUUCCGCCGGCGCUGCCGCAGGCCUGGAUGAUGCAGAGGCUUCCGAGACCGCCGCUCGAUAGGCUAGACGCAGAGAAGGUGGGUGCAGGAAGCGCCUCUCCCACCAUAGCGGAGCAACCCCUGGACUUAAGCGCCAAGUCUACUUCCAGCACCAGCGGCACACCACCGCCGGAAAACAAAGGACAGGAUAAUGCGAGAUUAAAACGAGCUGUUCUUGAGGGCAAAAGCAAUAGCACUCGGCGGAACUACACCGAAGAUGAUCUUCAAUCUGCAUUGAGGGAUAUCCAAUCUGGAUUGGGCACGCGCAGGGCCGCAGCACUUUACGGCAUCCCACGGUCCACGCUACGAAACAAGGUCAACAAACAUGGCCUUACUCCAGAAGCGCCUGAGUCCGAGGAUAGUGACCCCGAGAAGCCAGACACGCCUUCAUCUGUAAUCCUCAAAAUUCCCUCCUUUCCUCCUCCAGAGGAUAAGAGCCCAUCACCAGCCACAUCCGUCACGACACCUGUGACGCCCAUCACGCCGAUAUUACCUCCACAGUCGUCCCUAAAUCACCCAUCACCUUUGCUACUUCCGGCUUCCGUCUACGCCGACCCACCCGCGGCUUCACAACACUUAUUCACGUCUAUGAGCGACGUCAUAGCUAAGAGCAUAUGCCAAAAGUUCCAACAGCCUCUGGAUAGGCCGCUUCAGCCUGACAUGUCUUACAUGAGGGCGCCCGAUCGACACGUCUCGGUCAUAAAAACGCCACCGGAUAAUCAAAGAAAUUAUGCUGUACCCAGCAACUCCAAAGCGACAAAUAACGGUCAGCCCGCCCAAGGUGGCAAAGGCACGAGACCAAAACGAGGUAAAUACAGAAACUACGAUCGUGACAGCCUCGUUGAGGCGGUAAAGGCGGUCCAGCGGGGCGAGAUGUCCGUGCAUCGGGCUGGCUCCUACUACGGUGUACCUCAUUCCACUCUAGAAUACAAAGUCAAAGAGCGGCAUCUGAUGCGGCCCCGCAAGAGGGAGCCUAAGCCGCCGCAGGAAACGAAGCCGCAGCCACCUAAACCGCCCCCUAAACCGACGAAGCCAUUCACGAACGGACUGAACGGCCCUGAGGCGCCGGGCUAUCCGGCCAACUACCCGUUCUGGGCGGGAGCACGGUUUGCGCCGCCCGCGUCCGACCUCUACACGUCGCAUAUGAUGCGGCGACUACACGGCGAGGCCCCACCGGCCAACGGGUUCCUCGAGGGCAUCAUCCGGUCGAGCCUAGAGGCACGGCCGGGUGCAGCACUGCUGCAGCGGCUGACGGCGGAGCCGCGUGCGGAGGCACCGAGCCUCGCGCGGCGACUGGCUGGAGAGGUGGACGACGAGCCGGCGGCCCGGCGCCCUCGCCUGGACUCCGACCUGGCGUUGGCGGCUGAGAUGCGCGAGGCGGUGCAGCGGCUACGCGCCGACAAGCUGCGACCGCGCAACGGCACGCCGACACCGCCGCGUGCGCCAUCGCCCGCCGCUCCUCCCGCCGCGCCGCCACACUCCGCCUAGCCGCCGUCGCCUCACCGCUUGUGAUAGUAAUGUAAAGUACAUUCCGUAGCCGUCUCGCGGCGCCCGCGUAUACUACUCCACUGUUGUAGUGACAAUAAAGUUUUUUUUACGGGAUUAGUUUGUGCAUUUAUGCGUUAGUAGUUCCGCUUCCCCCCGCCCGGCGUUCACAUGUAUCACCAAAUAUCACAAUAGUUACCUAAAGUCACAACCAGUUCAAUAUAACACAGCUUUACUAAUGCAAUAUCACAAUUAAAUAGUGUUAGACAGACGCCCGAGACGGAUAGGUCUUCGGGCGAGGAUGUGUGGCGCGCAGUGUUAUUCUGACUACUUGCGAUUGCUACGCCCGACUAUUAUUUAUAAUCGUCAGGCCGGCCUGGUUAUUUGCAUUUGUUUUAUUUGUGAAAUCUUAACGAUCAGAAUAACACUGCGUGUCACGAAGACAGGUUGUCCAAAAUUCACCCAAAUCCAAAAACCUCGAUUUUUGAAAUUGUUUUAAGUAAAGACAACCAAAAGUUAAUGUUAUGAAAUCAACUAUUUAAAUAUUUUUAAGUAAUAAAUCAUGUAACAAAUUAAUUAUAAAGCUAGCUAUGAGUGUAAAUGUUAUUAAGUAAAUUAAAUCGCAGAUUUUGUGCGGUGUUUUUAUAAUUAGAUAGGUAAUAUAUUGAAUGAAAUUAUUAGCUAUGGCGGGAACGGUCACACUAUCUCUCUCUAUCCAACGGGCUCGUAUCGGUACGAGAGGGACAGACGUACUUUUGUGAGCUUCGAGAAAGCUAAGUUCGGACUUAUGUGCAAUUAUUAUUUUGUAAAAAAUAGUAAUUUUAACUGUGUCUAAGCUAGCACGUGGAUUUCCAUAUUACUGAAUGUGAUAUUUAGGUAUUACGAAUGCGGUUUGCGUCGUAUCAAUACGCGUACAUAAAUACAUACUAGUGAACUUAUAUAUAUAUUUUAUGUACUAUUAUCGUAUCUUAAGGAGAUAUAUUCUUAUUUUUCAUGGUCCAAGUUUUAAAUGUUUUAUCGACUAUACAAAAAUAUGAAUAAUCAUUAAUAUAUUCUUGUCAACUUUAAAAAUUAGCGCAAAAAUCUCAAAAAAAUUGAUAUCUUCAAAUUUGUGACAUUUUUUGGUGUUCAAUCGAAAGUAUAUUAUGGAGGUAUGAAAUGUGAAAUGUAUACGCUCUCCCGAGAUAAAUUAGGUAAAUAAUAUUUGGAUAUAAAUUAUCAUACGACUACUUAUGUAAGUUAUGUGUAAAUGUGAGCCUCAACAAAAUUAAGAAAUCUUUGUAUUGUGUAUGUAACUAAAUUAUACAUAUAUUAUAUACAAGUUAAAAAUUAUUGUCGUACAUUUUUCUUGACCACGAUUGUAAAAAUAGAAUAAGGAGUUUGUAAUCGACAUUUCGACAUAGACUAGGUUUUCUUUAGAGGGGACGAAGUUAUUAUUUUAAUGUGGGACGCCAAAUAUCCGAAUCGCCAUACAUAUCCAAUGCCGAGAUGUCGAACAAGGCUCUGUAGGAAAAUAACAAGAAAUUUUUAUAUUCAAAAUUUUACUAGUCGAAAGCAUGUUUAUCAACCCCUUUUGUUUCUGACUACCCUUUUUUGUAAGAAAUGAACAACCGUCAUUUGCAUUUAUCGUUUAUUACAAUUCCACCAGACCGCAUUUCACGAAAAUGUUUGAAUAAAAAUUGCGCGAAAAUGGCGCGAAAUCAUCGCCGAAACCGGAAGUAGAUGGCCGUUUUUAUGCUGUUCCAUUUUUAAAUUUCGAAUUCCAAUAAUGUGCGACGCUAGACAUUUGUUAUUAGCCUAGAAUGUUAUUUUGUAUAAGAUUUGUACAGAAAUAGGAAGGGACACAUUGCAAAGAGAAUGUAGAUUAAAACAGACAUUCCGUUUAGAAUGUUAAUAGAUUUUUUAAUUAUUUUCGUGCAUCGGGAACAAAUCAUUAUGUUGUUUAAUCUUAUUUUGUAACGUUAGUUAAUUUUUAAGUGGCUUUAUUUCUAAAUAACCUUAUAUUAUAUAAUUAUAUUGAGAUGUUAUAUGUAAUUGUUUUGUGCAGGUUCGCCUUCGCGAGUAAAGAGAGUUGCGACUGAUAUGAACUAGAAAAAUGCCUAGUGCUUAGCGCGGGUCUGUCUGUACAUUGUACAAAUAAACGCCGCCUUACAAUGUUAUUAACAGUGAUCAACGCCAACCCACAACAAUCCAUCAUAAUUGGUCAUUCCAAAUAUCCUAGAGGUCACUGGGUUAAUAGUGAAUCGUUUUUAUUGUAUAUUGUUCAUUUUCCACAUAGUUAAGAAUUUUAGUUAUAACGUAACAUUUGAUUAAGAGUUGGGCGGUAGAAGUUUAUUUUGUUAAUUUUUUUCAUAAAUUCAAUAAGGAAUAGGUUUAGUCUAGGAGCCUACGCUCCAGGAACAAAAGACAAUGAAAGGAAGAUGCAUUUUUUAUUCAAAUUUAAUUGAUAGAGGUGAGGUGGUGUCUGUGUGCAAUCUUAUACUAAUAUAUGCAUUUUAAGAGACCUUCGUUCGUGAAGUGACAAUUUGCAGACGCAAACUUGGUCCUAAGUCGCAACGAAGAUCCUUCAACUUAAAAGACAUUGCCAGCUCUUAAGCAUUCGUAAACACAUGUUGUUUGUUUGUGUGACUGUACCUUGUAAAUAGAUGUCAUUUUUCAACCGCAGAUGUUGGCAAUCUCUGGUUGCAGAAUGGCGUAAGUUACGUUCUUUUCUAAUUAUAAGCUUCACUAAUUGUUUUCCAUUUAUAUGUAUUUCUAGACAAUUAAUUUUAAACAAAAAAUAUUGUAUUACAAUACUUUAUACAUAGAAUAAUCGUGCGAGAGGGUUUUGCAACGGGACGUGUAACUACGUUUAAAAAUUAUGUACAACACAAAGCAUUUAAUUUUAGACAUAUUAAAUAUAAUGUUAACUUUAUUGAACCUAUAGUGUAAAUUCAUAUUUUCAAGGUAUUUAUUUAGACGCUUGGAUCACAUCACAUUGCUGAGGAAUUUCUCUUAAUGCGAUAAAUGAGUUACGCAAUGGACCAAUUAAACUGGAAAUGUUUGGGAAACUAAGAUCAAAUUAUUAUUGUUGUUUGAUUAACAAGUUUUAAUUAAAUAUUAUUUUCAAUAUACAUUACGUCUUUGUUAAUUUUUUUAUUGUUUUAUCGCUAUUUAUAUUAUACUUCCUCAGUAAACAGUGGUUUUCAUUUCUACGAAUUGGCAGAAAAAUGUGAUUGGCAUAAAAUUGUAUUCUAGUCAAAUUUUUAGAGGUCUUUGGAAAGCUAAGCUUAUUCGACUGACGUUUUUUUUUAAAUUGUAUUGACGUCCAAAAACCGUCGCUAGGCGACGCAAAAAUUGAUUUGAAUGUGGAAUUGUACACACAUGUGUAUGCUUUUUUUACGUAUAAUGUAUCUUGUAAUUUCGAAGUGGAGAAAUGUUUUUUCAUAUUAAUAUUAUGUAAUACCUACCUUAAGACGUUUAUAUUUUACGUUAUAAUCUUAAUGAAAUGGCUGGUUAGGCAGGUACGAAUGUGCAAGGAUGUUUAAACCUGUAUACAAUAAAUUUCUUUCAUUUGUUGA